AUGGCUUGCAAGGCUCAACCAAUAAAAUGCAGCAUCCGAGACCCUAUCCCGAUUGUUCACAAAUAUUUCCAACCAGGUGACCUAAUCAUUGGUGGUGUUACUUCUUUUGUCUUCCUAACUACAGAUGGAGAAAGCUUUGAGGACGUUCCCAAGCAUUCUGCUGUUGGUGAACCUCUAGUCCUGACCAAGUAUUAUCAGCAUAUUUUGACCGUGAUAUUUACUGUGAAGAAGAUCAAUGAAGACAUCCAGCUCUUACCUAACAUCAGCUUGGGCUUCAGAAUCUAUGAUAGCUAUGCUGGGGAACAGACAUAUCAUGCCACAAUGGGACUUUUCUCCAGUCAGAACAGAUUCAUUCCCAACUAUACCUGUAGCAUCCUGAACAAACUCAUCUCGGUUGUUGGGGCUUCUGCAAUUUCUUUUGAUAUGGCAGAUAUUUUAGGCACUUACAAAGUUCCACAGUUCCUAUAUGGUACUCCUCCAAGUAUGAAUGGUAAAACUGAAAUUGCCUUCUACUACCACAUGUUUCCAGGUGAAGAAUUCCAUUUCAGGGGGAUUCUUCAGCUACUUUUGCACUUCAGGUGGACCUGGGUCGGGAUACUUGUGAAAGGACAUGGUGGAGCAAUUUUUGAGGACCUAAUCUUUUCAGUGUUUUCUCUCCAUGGUAUCUGCAUUGCAUUCUUAGAACGACUCCGGACAUUUUAUAUCAAUAAUAUUUUUGAUGAUCUGAAAUGGUUUGUGAAAACAUAUUAUCUUUUUAAUAACAGCAAAGCCAAUGCUAUGGUAAUCAAUGACAAAUAUGUUCUACAUUUGAGAUGGUUGUUGCAUCUACCUGAAAUAGAAAUAGUUGCUAUAAAGCCAAAAGGCAAAGUGUGGAUCAUGGCCUCUGAAAUGGGCCUUGCAUCAUUCUUUUACCAGAAGAGCUGGGAUAUCCAAGUCCUCCAUGGUACACUAUCUUUUGAAGCUUACUCAAAUGAAGUUGCAGAAUUCCAGCAUUUUCUUCAGACAAGAAACCAUUUCUCAUUCUUUCAUCAAGAUGGUUUCAUCAAAGAUGUGUGGGAACAUGCAUUUGGCUGUGUUUUUCCAAAUCCAUCUCAGAACAAGGAAACUGAGGGUGUAUGUACUGGAAAGGAGAAGCUGGAGAGCCUUCCUGGAGCUUUUUUUGAAAUGAGCAUGACCAGUCAUAGUUACAGUAUAUACAAUGCAGUUUAUGCUGUAGCCCAUGCCUUACAUGCCAUGAGGUUGGGCCAACAACAACAUAGGAGAAUGUUGAAUGGCAGGAAAGAGAAUCUUCAGGAUGUAAAACCAUGGCAGCUUCACUCCUUUUUGAAAAAAGUCUCAUUUAACAACAGUGUUGGGGACGAAAUUUCUUUUGACCAAAAUGGAGAACUGGUUACAGGACUGGAUAUUGAGAACUGGGUCACAUUCCCAAACCAGUCCUUCCACAGGGUGAAAGUUGGGAGGCUGAAUCCCUGGGCUGCUGAAGACAAAAUGUUCACCAUUCAUGAGGAAGCCAUCACCUGGCCCAGCACUUUCAACCAAACCCUACCUGUUUCAAUGUGUACCGAGAGCUGCCUCCCUGGUUAUUUCAAAAGAAAGCAGGAGGAGAAGCCAUUUUGCUGCUAUGAUUGCCUUCCAUGUCCCAAAGAGAAAAUGUCAAGCCAGAAGGACAUAGAUGACUGUUCCAAAUGCCCAGAUGAUCAAUAUCCAAGCAAGGACCAUGAUUCAUGUAUUCCAAAGAGAAUAUCUUUCUUAUCCUAUAAAGAACCAAUGGGAAUAAGUCUAGUCAUUCUGGCACUUUUCUUUUCUUUCUGCACAGUUGUGGUGCUGGCAACAUUUUUCAAGUAUCACAAUACUCCCAUUGUCAAGGCCAAUAACAGAAAUCUCACCUAUGUUCUACUCAUCUCACUCCUCCUCUGCUUCCUUUGCUCACUGCAGUUCCUCAUUGCACCUGGCAAUAUAAUAUGUCUCCUCCAACAAAUCAGUUUUGGCAUCAUCUUCUCCGUGGCUGUGUCUUCUGUGCUGGCAAAAACCAUCACUGUAGUUCUGGCUUUCAUGGCUACCAAGCCAGGAUCCAGGAUGAGGAAGUGGGUGGGAAGAGGACUGGCCACCUCCAUUGUUCUUUCUUGUUCCAUGAUUCAAGCAGGCAUCUGCACAGUGUGGGUCUUCAUAUUUCCUCCUUUCCCUGAUGCUGACACCCAUUCAGAAAUUGAGGAAAUCAUCCUGCAGUGCAAUGAAGGCUCAGCUACCAUGUUCUACUGUGUCCUGGGCUACAUGGGAUUUCUGGCAGCUGCCAGUUUCAUAGUAGCUUUUUUCUCCAGGAACUUCCCCAGCAGUUUCAAUGAGGCCAAAUGUCUCACGUUCAGCAUGCUGAUCUUCUGCAGUGUGUGGCUCUCCUUUGUGCCAUCCUACCUGAGCACCAAAGGGAAAUACAUGGUGGCUGUGGAGGUUUUCUCCAUUUUGGCCUCUAGUGCUGGGUUGCUAGGCUGCAUUUAUUUCCCCAAAUGUUACAUAAUCCUUCUUAGGCCAGACCUAAACAACAGGGAACAACUCAUUAAGAGAAAAAAAUAG